ACACGUGCCCUAGCAAAACCAAAUCCAAGCUGCAGAAAAUAAGAAGAAGCUCCAAUUCCGAAAAGCUGUGUCGAAAUUGAGUCUUUUCAUGUCCAGAUCGAAAAAAACUGAGUCUUUUCAUAUCUAAAUCAAAGAAAUCUGAGGGUUUGGAUAAAAACGGAGUCGUCUUGUCAUAUCUAAAUCGGAAAGAGACCAAUCUUUACAACAGAACAAGUCCAAUUGGCAUGAGAAAAAAGAUGAACAACUACUCCAUUGCAAAUAAAAUUAAGGAAAAAUAUUUAAUGAGAAAUAGAAAAGCUGCUCCUAAGUUUAAUCGCCAUCGCCAACAGAGGAAGAAGAAAUCAGUGCAAAUUUGCAAAGGGAAGAGUGCAUUUGAGCUGUCAAACAAUAAUGCAGACCAAAUGGAUGUUCAUCAGGCCCGGACAGUUCAUUUUGAAGAGGGAAUAAUUAUGAACAUCCUUAGCAGGUUAUCUGUGCGAUCUCUUCAUCAAUACAAAUAUGUUUCAAAAUUAUGGAAUACAUUGAUCUCUGAUCCUUACUUUAAGAUGAAGCAUUUGAAGCAUGCCAAGAACGACCAAAAUUCCCAAAAAUCUCUUAUUACUCACAUGUGCAUGAAUGAAAAUAGAUUUUCCAGCUACUGUUGUCCUUUAUCGUCGGUUCAAAUGGGUGAGGAUGCACAAAAAGUUGAUCGCCCUUUAAGCUCAAAACCAUUUUUUAGAGCCUUGUGUGGUUGCGAUGGCUUGGUUGUUGUCUUAGUUUCUGGUAUUAUGGUUGAUAAACACCCAAUACACUUGCUAUGGAACCCCUCCAUAAGAGAAUCAAUAGUACUUCCCGCUCCACAGUCUGAAAUAUGUGACCAUACUCUAUAUGGAUUUGGUUAUGACUCAACUAGCGGUGACUAUAAGAUCCUUAGAAUUUGUGAUCAAGAAUAUAAUGAAAUUCUUGCGUUGAAAGGUGGUUCCUGGAGAAAAAUUGAUAAACAUCCUCAUACUGUUUCCAAUGCGGUGACUCGUACUAGUUGUUUGGCAUUUCUACACGAGACAUUUCAUUGGAUCGGUAGCUCAAUGGACCCUAGAUCACAUUGGACUGGUGGCUCAAAAAUAUAUUCUCUCGUUUCAUUUAGUAUUUCAAAAGAAGUGUAUGGAGAGAUUCCAUUGCCAGAGGAAAUAUUAUCUUUUGUGGGCAUCUUCUAUCUUGGUGUUUUAGUAUUGGAUGGAAUGCUAUCUGUUUAUUCUGUUACUUUUUCUCCGGAUCUGAAUUUGGAAACUUUAAAGUUAUGGGUAUUGAAAGAUUAUGGUGUCAAGGAAUCUUGGAGUGCAUUGUUUACUAUAGAUGAUUCCUCUGUUUAUAGAGUCAUUCCGAAAUAUAGGUUUGCGGAUGGUGAAUUGCUAUUCAGUUGCUUUCAUAUUCCAAGUGGCGGAAAUCAAUUUCGUACAUCCAGUAGACCAUUUGUGUCAUGGCUGCAACCUAGCAUUCAGGACAUGGUAGUUUUUACAGAAAGCUUGAUCUCUCCGAAAUCAAUAGUUUCUUAUGUAUGAUCGAUGGUCCUCUGAAAAACAGAGUAAGGUCUGCGUAUACUCUACCUUCCCAGGAUAUGUUGUUGUUUCGUAUGUAUGAUGGAUGCACUUUUCUUUUUCCAUUAAUUAUGUUACAAACUUGUAGUCUUAUAAGGAUUGUGGCUGGACAUGAUUAAACUUUUUGAUAGACUAAUCAAUAGUUUCUUUGAUGUUAA